CAUCAAAUUUGCAGUAAUUCAAAACCAUACUUCUUAAUACACAUGUGGGUACGCGUUGUUCAAACCACUGUCCAUUCCUCCACAUAUUCCUUUCCUUUUUUCAUAUCUGAAAGUAUUCUCAUAGGGAUUUGAUGUGCCAGAAAAUAUUCAAUUAGUGAACAUGUGGGUUUGACAUAUAUGACAUUUUAGAUCGGAUUGAUUUGUUUUCAUGAAGAAAAUGAUUGAACGGGAAUAGGAAUCCAUGAAGGCCGCCAACAAGUUCAAUGUUCAGUAUACUUUGUUGAUUUGGGUAUUUGAAGUUGCCUCUGGUUGUUGUGAGUCAUAAUUUCUCAGAGGGAGAAACAGGACAGAGGAUUGGACAUGAAUGAAAUUUGCCAUAGCUUAUGAGCAGGAAAACCCAGAUUCUCAGAUGAUGCUAACCCUACUCCCAGCAGAAGUACAGACCAAACUGGGGUUUUCAGCACCAGCUUUCCCUCCACAAGUAGUGGAACCUCCUUUGCAAGUCUUAAGCAAUCUGUCCUUCCUGACAAACCCAUUCUUUAUAUGUUCAAGGAGAUCACAGAGGCCACAGCUCAAUUCACUGCUGGAAGGCUUGGAAAAUCCUCUGUUUAUAAGUCCAAUCUGAGGGGCAAAACAGUGGCUAUUACAGUCAGAAAGCUGAAGACUGUCAGGGAUUUUAGGUCAAGACUUGCACAAAUCUGUAAUAUCCAUCACUCCAACAUAGUAAAGCUCUUGGGGGGUUGCUGUGAGGGGGAUCAUGUUCAUCUGGUCUAUGACUAUGUUCAGGGAUCCAGUCUGGCAGACUGUCUAAGGAAUAGCAGAAUGCCUGGAUUCACAAUAUUGAAAACCUGGAUCUCUAGAAUGCAGAUUGCCGUUGAUGUGGCACAGGGUUUGGAAUACAUGCACCAUGACGCAAGCAUGAACUGUGUGCAUAAUUAUCUGAAAUCAAGCAGCAUUAUAAUCACAGAGCCUGGUUACAGGGCAAUGAUAUGCCAUGCAGGUGCCUGUUAUUUGACAGGUGAAUAUGAAUUUGAGGACAUCAAUAAGGGCUAUGAUAUAUCACAAGACACAUCAAUAUCUGGAGAAAUCGUAGAAGAAGAAGGUCCAAUUUCUGGUGUUCAGGGCAUGAAAUUGACCAAGAGAUACAAGAGCAGGAGAAUAACAGGGACACAGGGGUACAUGUCUCCUGAAUAUGUUAAUACUGGGAUUGUUUCUCAGAAAAAUGAUGUUUUUGCUUUUGGGGUUAUUCUGUUGGAGCUUCUGACAGGGAAUGAGCCUGUCAAAUAUGUGAGUAAGGCUAACAAUAAAAUUGAGAAGGUUUCUUUAAUAGAGAGCAUGGAUAGGAUAUUUCUCUCUAAUGAUCAAGCAGAAUGUAUACAGAGAUUAAGGUUUUGGAUGGAUCCAAGGCUCAAGGAUUCUUUCCCAGUGGAUUGUGCAGAGAGAGUGGUGAGGCUUGCUGCUACUUGUGUGGAUUCUGACCCAGAGAAGAGACAUGAUAUGAGGUAUGUUGCAGGGAAGCUCUCCAAAGAGUUCAUUAGGUCCCAACAAUGGUCUGACAAAAUGCAGUAUAACAAGGAAUUGAUUACUAGCACACUUGAAGGAAGAUAAAAAUGCAGUAUAACAAGGAAUUGAUUACUAGCACACUUAAAGGAAGACAAGCUCCUGCUAUUGAUCACCAUUGUUGAAUUGGCAAAGUAGGGGCUGUGUGCAUGUAAGGCUUGUUCAAAUAGGCUUGUUCAAAUCAGGUGUUUUUUUUUGGGAAAAUACUGUUAAUAAUAUCAUUUUUAAAUUAGAUUGUU